UGAACGUGUUCCAGAUGCUCUCCAACAAGUGCAGGCGUAUACAAUGAGGUCAGAAGAGCGUGCCAUGACAUUGCUUGAAGAUGCCCAGACGGCCGGCCAGAUAGCAGAUGUGAAAGACGGAGCUGUAAACGACGGUGCUGAUCACAUGACCUCUUGUCGUGGAAAUUUAAAAAAAAAACUGUGUUUAGUUCUCCUGAUGCUCUUGUUGCAGAUUACUGGUGUCAGCACAGAAAAAUGUCUGCUCCUGUAUGAUGUGGCCAGCUACUGGAGCUAUGGGUCAGGACUGAUGUUUACCUUUAAUCUGGCAACGCAUCAUUACGUUGAUUGUCCCCACGGAUGUUGCGGUAUCUGGAAAGAUCAAUGCUGUAAAGAGCCGCCCACUCACAUCGCUAGGGAACCUGAUGAGGAGCCUCCUGCAGACGAGCAAAGUACACCAAAACCGUGUCAUUGUAAGGAGUCUUCUGAUGAUGGCCACAAGGCAGCAGAAAAAAAGUCUGCAGAUGGGAUUGUUUUCAGCAUGUUUGUGAUUGGCGUUUUAUUGUUUUUGUUGAUCGUUGUUUAGAUAGGUAUUGGAGAUGAGGGGUUGUGUUGGUCUAUAGUCUGUUGUUUUGUUCGAAAUUACAUUCAAUUAGAUUUUACAUGGAUAUAAACUCCUGUACGUAGAUUUCUGUCAUCUGUUCAGGUAACCAGAAGGAGUCUCAAAAUGUUUGAAAAUUUCAUAACUUUAAAAUGUUUUUACAACAUUGUAUUAUAUCAUUUAUUUUCCCGAUCGAUGCCUUACUGAAGAAUUUGGCGAUAACAUCAUUUCAUUUCGUUUUAAUAAACGUUUCAUUUAAGCAUGUGUUUAUAUAUAUGUUUAAAAAUUGAAAUGAACUAAAAAUGAACUAAAGGUUCUUUAGAGUCAUUCAUGUUUUCAUCUUUAUUAAAUAAAACAUAGUAAUUU